AUGUCAGGUGUUACAGUGAUCCUAUCAUCGCCUCAGUCGUUACCGAGACGACCUAUAUCUCUGGAUGAUACUAUAUUCGAAGGAAAUUCAUCAAGAAGCCAUAUUACUCUAGCGUUCUCAAAUCGUAUCUCCCUGCGAGCUUUAGCACUUGCUUCAAUCGCAACGACACUACGCGCUUCCUUCACUACAAUGAGCGACGAGAACAGCCCCGACUCCUCUGACGGGUAUACUUCCCCCCCUGAUACCGGUCUCUACGACACGGACAACGAGAUCGAGUGUAGCGAGUGUGGAAAGACAGAUUACUUCCAGCACGACGGCAACCCUGAUAACGCACUAUGCAAACACUGCGGCCACACUUUCUGUUCAGAGUGCAAGGAGGCGUAA